CAUGCAAUAUAGCCACAGAAACAAAAAAAGAACAAACAACUAGAAGAAAAAAAACAAAAAAAAACUUGAAUUGACAGAAGAAUAGAACAGAAGACAAACCCACACACAAGCUCUAUCGAGAGAAUUUGAUAUCGAUUUGAGAAGAGAAAAUAAAUCAUUCUAGUUCUUGUUCUCGUUCUUCUUUCUUUUUUCUUUACGUUAUUUUAACCUCUAUUAGUAGAUCCUUUUUACGUUUCCUGUUAACCUGACGACGUUUGAUCAUAAUGACAUUUUGUAUCAAAUCAUUGAUUCAAGAAGAGGACACGGAACAAAUGAAGCUACCUCCAUCCCAUCUCCCCUAUUAACAAUGGUCUCCUCUUCUUUAAAUACCAACCAUUAAGCUCUAUUUCGUUAUAUUUAUAGCUAAAUUUAUAUAUUACCCUUUCUCGGGGUUGGAUUGGCUGUUCCUCGGCCGGGUUCCGGUUUUAUCUAGUGGCGGAAGGAUGGCAGAUCAUCCAGGGGAGAAAAGGACGCGUUGUAGGUUUUUGGGAUUUGUGUUUGGUAGACGUGGCUUGUGGUCCAAGAAAUGUCCCCCGGACAAUGGUAGCCAUAGAAGCACUAUGAGUAGCAGCAAUGCCUCCACCGCCACCGCUACCACCGCUACCACCGCUAACAUUCAGUUCACCAAAUCUCCGUGUACAGAAUAUAACCCGAGGAAGCUUCAAGAAAAUAAAGUUUUACCUGAGCCAGUCCAGAACCAAGUACAGAAACCUAAUUCAAAACCUACAUCGAAUCAAUACCCAAGUAACCAUCAAUUAGGCAGUAAUGGAAACAGCCAACCAAGUAAUAAUCAAGGACCAGUCCAACAACAACAACAAACGAGGAAGGUUCCGAGGGAAGCCAUUGGUUUAUCAGGUGAGCUAGAGAGUAUGAUCAUCGACAAUCAGAAAGCAAAAGGGAAUAAAAGCUCUAUGGUUCGAGCUUCUUCAAGCAACGUGAUGUUAUUUGGCAAUCUUGGGAACUUGAAGCAGCCCGGAACAUCAGGUGGGAAUCAAAGUACUAUCCAGAACAAUGGAUACGGUAAUAAUAGUGGUGGAGGAGGGUAUGAGGCGAGGAAGACGAUUUCAGAGGAAAAAAGAACAUCGGUUGCACCCUUACCGGCCUCAAAUAAUCAAGAUCAGUCAGGAUCUUUGUGUAGAGCGAUUUCGACAAGAAUCGAUCCCGAAACGUUAAAGAUAAUGGGUAAUGAAGAUUACAAGAACGGGAAUUUUGCAGAGGCGUUAGCCUUGUAUGAUGCUGCGAUAGCCAUUGAUCCAAAAAAGGCUUCGUAUCGUAGCAACAAGAGCGCAACUUUAACGGCAUUAGGGAGAAUUCUUGAGGCGAUAUUUGAGUGUAAAGAAGCAAUAAGAAUAGAGCCUCAUUACCAUAGAGCACACCAUCGGUUAGGUAACUUGUACCUCAGGUUAGGGGAGGUUGAGAAGUCAAUAUAUCAUUUCAAGCAUGCGGGUCCAGAAGCUGACCAAGAAGACUUAUCAAAGGCUAAAAUGGUUCAAACACAUCUCAACAAAUGCACAGAGGCCAAAAGAGUGAGAGAUUGGAACACUUUGAUCAAAGAAACAGAGAACACCAUAGCUACAGGAGCCGAUGCUGCUCCUCAAGUAUAUGCAUUACAAGCAGAGGCCUUUUUGAAGACUUACAGACAUCAAGAGGCCGACAAUGUUUUGUCAAGAUGCCCUGUUUUCGAUGGGGAAAUGAGCACAAAGUAUUACGGACCGAUCGGUUACGCCGGUUUCUUGGUCGUCUGGGCUCAAGUUCACAUGGCUUCCGGCAGAUUCGGAGAAGCGGUUGAGGCGAUCCAACGAGCGGGGAAGUUGGACGGUAACAACAGGGAAGUGAGUAUGGUUCUCCGGCGCGCUCAGGCUGUUACAAAAGCGCGAUCAAGAGGCAAUGAUUUCUUUAAAGCUGGACGGUUUCAAGAAGCUUGUGCGGCUUAUGGCGAAGGAUUAGACCACGACUCAAGAAACUCAGUAUUGCUAUGUAACCGAGCGGCUUGUCUAUCCAAAAUGGGCCAAUUCGAUCGAGCCAUUGAAGACUCCACGACAGCACUCACCCUCCGCCCUGGCUACACCAAGGCUCGACUCAGAAGAGCCGAUUGUAACACUAAGCUUGGGAAUUGGGAAGCAGCUAUUGGGGAUUAUGAGAUAUUGAGAAAAGAGACACCAGAAGAUGAGGAAGUGAUCAGAGGACUGUCUGAGGCUCAGAAGCAGCUCGUGAAACGCCGUGGCCAUGACUCUUGAAACCAACCGCCUCGAGACCGAACGGAAAGUUACGGAUUUAGAAAACAACUGCCGUUGGUCUUCUUCUUACUUCUCUUUAUUUUUCAAACUUUUUUUGGUAAAAAUUGUGAAUCUUUUUAUUCCAAUGAUUCAAUUGUAUAUCCUUUAAGAAGUCUAUUAAUCAUUUAAAAACCGAACACAGACGGUAAAUAAAUAAUUUAGAACAAAAAUCAAAACUAUUACUAACAUGAUUGUGAGAUGAAACUU